GAGGAUUUCGUAAUAUUCGGCCAUAUUGAAAUUGCAUAGUUUUCUUACUUGUCAAAUUCAAUAGAAACUUACCUCGAAGUUUGCGAACUAUGGCUUACAGAUUAUUGACUUCUUCUUUUCGAAGUUUGUGUAGAGUACCCGCAGCAAGCCAAUUGCGGGUUUCCACUGCUGCUAUGACCAAAAGAAUGGCUUCUGCUGACCAAGGCGGUAUUGCUCAGGACGAAGAUCAGGUGACAGGUCCUGAGAAGAGAGAGUUGGAAAAACACAUGGAAGGCGAUAUGGACCCUUACAACUUAAAAGUUUACAGUGGACCUGGUGGAACAAAAGACAACCCAAUCAAGGUGCCUUCAAUGGAGGACGAGAGAAUUGUUGGAUGCAUAAGCGAGGAAGACAUGACCUACAUCGAAUGGUUUACUCUAAAGAAAGGCAAACCGCAAAGAUCUGAUAGUGGUAUUUACUUUGAAUUGGUUCCUGGUCUUCCAUAUAAUUUUGACCAUUGAUUACAGACUGCGCCGUUUCAUGAGUUAUUUGUGAUGUCAGGCUGUUGUUUUUUCCCAAUUAAAUUGAUGAUUUCGGAUGA